ACAACAUUCUUGGUACCAAUCGCACGCACGACGGCUUGAAUAUCCUUACACAUUAUACUAUUUUAUACCAAAUUUCGCGAAUAUGGCGCGUCUACGCAAACCGAGUCCGAACGAACCGACUAUUUUCAUGACACCGUCCGAGACGAGAACAAGCCGAUCAAGUUCGCGGAAGGCCACACUUCGAUACGCAUCAUCGCAAGAAGACGACACCUCCAUAUUGGUUCCCAAGACCUCGAGGCGCAUAGCGCGGGAUACUAGCAUAUCACAAGACACAGAGCAUUCGUUUCGCAUACCGAAGGCAGCGACGCCCAGGGAUGCGCUUACCCCGCGAAAGCAACGUGUACUGCGACCGGUCGAGAGCAACAGUCGACUGCUCCGCAAGCUUAGCGAUGAAAGUCUAGCAAGUCCGGAGAAGAAACAAAGAGAGCGAAGAGUACGUAGUGGGACAACAGACACAGAUGUUGGAAAGAGGAAUGGACUUCUGUAUGCCAAAAGCCUGGCAAGAAGCGUGGUGAACAAGCAGGCGCAGAAGGGCAAGAUAAAUGUUGUAGGGGAGCAAGAAGCACAAGAGGCAGCUCAACGGUCACGCAACAGGGAACAGGAGGGUAGAGAGGAAACACUGAAAGACGAGACUGAGGAAGAGGAAGAGACAAGUCUGUGGUGUGGCGAUGAGGAAGCCGCGACACAAGACGAGGCUGCCGAGCCAGUGGCAGAUAUUAGCGAGGAAGACGAAGAUGAUGAGCCUGUUGUAAAGUCAAGAAAGAAUCAGCGACAACCGCGCGCACGACGUAUAGUGUCUGACAGCGAGGAGGAUGAGAGUGAGCUGAGCGCACCAGAGCCUCUCAAGCAGUCUCAACAACCGAUGUUCAAGAUUCCCGAUCUCAAGCCAGUAAAAACGUCUCCUCAACCUUCAGCCGAUCUGAAUUCCAUGCGACCGCCAAAUACAAAGGGCCAUAGUUCGAUGUCAAAUUGGGCACAAGAGGUUGUCGAUCUCACAGAUUCACCAGAGGCUCCGGCAUCUUUUGCACUCCCUGAACGCACUCAUGUACGAUCGAGUUCCUUCGCAGCUUCCUCUCGUCCUACCAGCUCAGCGUCAAAUGGCCCCCUUCCAAUUCUGACAUACUCUCCAACACCUACUAAACAACGCUCGCCCUGCAAAGCUCCACCCAUCUCACGACCAGCGACACCUCCACUAGCUCCUCCCAGCCCAACUAAACUUGUCUCGCCUUCGAAAAGGAAGCCGACCAUUCCCAAGGCCAAUGAUAUAGAUGGAAGACCAAGUCUUGACGCAUUCUGGAAUCCUGCAGCUGUGAAUGAGUGGACCGACCGUCACUCACCAGCCAAAACGCUCGUGUCGCCUAAGAAGCAAAAAUGGCGGGAAGACAUCGUCAAGAUGAUGGAAGGUGUGGCUCUUGAAGACAGCAGUGAUGAGGGUUACGAAAUCCCCAUAGAGAGCCCCAAAAAGAAGCCUACAGAUCGCAAACCAGCCAAAGGGAGACUGCCAGAGAUUCAACCAGCCUCGAAUGUCAAGCAAAUCCGCGAACAACGCAAAGCCUUCGCUGAACGCAAGCACGCCAUAGCUGAAGCUUUCCUCGUCGAGCUCGACACCACUAUCUCCUCAGGCCGUAUCCACGAGCUCUCGAAGCCUACAGGCGGCAUCAAGCUCGUCUGGUCCAAGACACUCAAAACAACAGCCGGUCGCGCAAAUUGGCGUAGAGAGCAGAUACGAAUCCGAACCGGGACCCUCCCCACAGAUACGCGCGUAGAGAUACGACACCACUGCUCCAUUGAACUCGCUGAGAAAGUCAUCGACGAUGAGGAGAGACUCUACAACGUACUCGCGCACGAGUUCUGUCAUUUGACGACAUUCAUGAUCAGCGAAGUACGUAAUAACCCCCACGGAGCAGAGUUUAAAUCUUGGGGCCGCAAAGCUACUGUCGCCUUCGCCAACAAGGGCGUUGAAGUCACCACCAAACACUCGUACCAAAUAGACUACAAGUACGUUUGGGAAUGUAUAUCUUGCGGUUACGAGUUCAAGCGUCACUCCAAAUCGGUCGAUCCAGCCCGCCACUCUUGCGGCAAGUGCAAGGGAAAGCUCGCGCAGACCAAACCCACACCCAGAGUCGGAGCCGGUGUUACUGUAGGCAAAGAUGGUAAGAGGGAAAAGAGUGAAUACCAGGUCUUCGUCAAAGCCAACUUUGCACGUGUGAAAAAGGAGCUGGAAGCCGAGGGCAAGGACGCCCAGAUGGGAAAGGUGAUGGAGGCCGUGGCUAAGGAGUACAGGGAGAGGAAAAGCACCAGUGGUGGUAAGGGGAAGGAGAUCAUUGAUCUAGAGGCCGCGCUGGAUGGCAUGAAGAUUUAAAUGUGAGAUUAGAUGAACGAAGUGCUCGUAUAUUCCCAAUCUUGCAGGGUCUACCUGAUGACACUCCCGGGUCAGUUGAAAACGCGACGCGACGCGACUCUAGCGCGAUUACCCUGGUCAACGCGCC